AGGAGGAGGACUCACCGGUCAACAGUCCAGUCUGCAGCCGACACCCAGGCCACCUAUCCCGGACUUCUGGCCGGACACGCACCGCUGAGAGAAACCGGAACCCUGUGAAACUAACGUGACUUUUAUUUGGAGAAAACGUUUUUUGUCUCAGGAACCUGACCCCGUGGAUUAACCGCACACGCUCUUAGGGCACAUUAACACCAGAUCAUCAGGACCCACCGGGUUUCGAUCAUUCAUUCACUCCUGUCUGAUCUCCGGUCAGCAAAUUCGCAGGAAUAAAAGAAGUCUUUGAAACCUUCGCGUCUCCUCCCGGGACAGACGGCCACAUUUCCCCGGCAACAACGCGCUAUGAAGCGGCCGUGCGAGGACAGCAGCUCCGCGGAGAGCGAGGUAGAAGAGACCAUCGACGUGGGCAGCGAGAACAUUUAUCCGGGACACAUGAAAGAAUCUUUGGUAAGAUGUGGCUCUCCAACCACGACGACUCAAGUGAUGGCGAGGAAAAAACGCAGAGGGAUUAUCGAGAAGAGACGCAGAGACAGAAUCAAUAACAGCCUGUCGGAGUUACGGAGACUUGUCCCAACAGCGUUUGAGAAACAGAGUUCAGCUAAACUGGAGAAGGCAGAAAUCCUCCAGAUGACUGUGGAUCACCUGAAGAUGCUGCAGGCCACAGGAGGAAAAGGUUAUUUCGACGCCCACGCUCUCGCCCUGGACUUCCUGUCUCUGGGCUUCAGGGAGUGCGUGACCGAGGUUUCCCGCUACCUGAGCGCUGUGGAGGGGCUCGACUCCAGCGACCCACUGCGCUCCCGCCUUCUCUCCCACCUCGCCUCCUGUGCCUCCCAGCGUGACACCGCCGCCCUUGCAACUGCCUCCCAUUCGUCACACCACCUCCACCCCCACCCCCAGCAGCCCCACCCCCUGCCUCACCCGUUCCACCACCCGCACCAUUGGGCAGCUGCUUUGGCCGCCUUUCGUCCUUUGCCCUACAGACUUAGCGGGCUGGUUUCUCCGGACGUUGGAGGAGGCGGAGGCUCCCAGCGCGGUGUUGUCUCCUCCUCCUUUUCUUCCAAUGCAGACUCCACCUCCUCCUCGCCUUCUUCCUCCUCUUCCUCAUCCCUCGUGCUCCCCUACACCCCCACCCCUCUCUCCGCCUCCCUGCUUUCCCUCUCAGCGUCGUUUCCCAUCGCCCUCCAUGGAGGCAUCCCCAUCCUCCCUCACUCCUCCUUCACCUCCUCUGCUGCCAGUCCCCCCGUCUCCUCCUCUUCCUCGCAGACUCCACACAGCAGCAGCGGUAAACCCUACAGGCCGUGGGGAACCGAGGUCGGAGCUUUCUGACUGUGUGCUGCUCACUAACCUCUGCUGACAGUUUAACAGCCUGGAAACGUUUGAGCUCCACGGCUUGUGUUAGCAUCUCGUUAUUAACUUCUUUGGGAUGUUUGUGACUGACCUCCACCUGCUGCUUUCACACACCGGCUUGAAAUCAGAACAGGAACGUGUGGUUUGUCUCCUCUGAGCAUAGUUUUCAUGUUUCAGCUGCUUCAAACUCACAUAAACUUUGUUGUUUAACCAAGAUAAGUCAGGUUAAAUAUUGUUUAUUAUUAAUUUACCUCAACCCCACAUAUACAAUGCUACUUGCCCAAAUGCUCACUAAAAGUUGAGAUGCGAAUGAGUCUGCCACUGAAAAUAGGUCCCAACAGAUGCCCAGUUUCCUCCUGUUUGUUAAAAACUGGUUUAUUGUUCCAGUUUUUAAAACUGAGAAGCUACCGACAAGAUGCCAAGUAAUGCUGCUUUUCACAUGCCGUCGCACCGUCACACACCAGGUGUUUUUUCACUUUGAUGCACCUGCUGUGCGGUCCACAUCAGGGGGCUGCAGGGCCGGGGUAGGCACUGGUCUCAUGUGUCAGGUUUAACAGCCAGCAGGCUGUGGUUGGUGUUUCUACUUCCGCUUCCUGUAUUUAAAAUACAGCCCUUCACAGCAGAAACCCUGUACGCUGAAAAAUGGCUGUCAGCGUGUCACGCAGCACUGUGAGGGACACAUAACCAAGCCGCACCACCAGCUUACUGUGCACCCCUCAAACUCAAGCGUCCCGGCCGGGCCAGGUCACCUGAGUUUGACUCUUUGACUCUCUCAGCUGCACUUUGAUGGUGUUAAAGAAAUCUGUCCACACAGGUGAUUAUGAAGCUCCAUCUACAGGUGAUUAACCACAGACUCCAGCGUCUUUUAAAGCAAACCUGACACAAACUCACGUUCACGUUUAACCUGACUAACACAAACGGACUUCUGUCGUAUUUGAUCGAUUUGAUGGAGAAUCUAUGAAGUGACAGAAAAGUGUUCCCCAACAGACUUCAGAAAGCUCAAUAUUAAAUAAAUAAUAUUGCUAUUUGAUUAUAUGAAAUCUUCUUUAAAGGUUUAAAAAGGUGAACUGUCACUGAACUUUGAGCCAAAUGUCUCUGAUACCUUGUGUGCCUUGUACAAAUAAAGACGACUAAACAGA